AUGAUGAACCUAGCCCUAGUGACUCUGUAACUGAGACUGCCAUGACACUACCAAGUGAAUCCAGAGUCAAUAUGCAUGCCAUCAUCACGUUAAAAAUAUUAGACUAUAGUGAUAAACAAACAGCUUUGAUUCCUGAUGAAGUGUUUGAUGCUGUAAAAAGCAACAUCAUCACUUCUAUUAACUUCAGUAAGAAUCAGCUGUGUGAAAUUCCGAAAAGGAUUGCAGAACUGAAGGAAAUGGUUUCUGAUGUCAAUCUCAGUUUUAAUAAGCUUUCUUUUAUAUCCUUGGAGUUAUGUAUGCUUCAAAAAUUGACUUUUUUAGAUCUCAGGAACAAUUUUUUAAAUUCCUUGCCUGAAGAAAUGGAAUCAUUGAUAAGACUACAAAUGAUCAAUCUUUCUUUUAAUAGGUUCAAAAUGCUACCUGAAGUUCUGUAUCGUAUCCCCACACUUGAAACAAUUCUGAUUAGUAACAAUCAGGUUGGAUCUCUGGACCCUCUGAAAAUGAAGACAAUGGAAAAUCUGACCACAUUGGACCUUCAAAAUAAUGACCUACUACAAAUUCCACCAGAGCUUGGCAAUUGUGUGAACUUAAGAACGUUACUACUAGAUGGAAAUCCAUUCCGUGUCCCUCGAGCAGCCAUAUUAGUGAAAGGAACAGCUGCUAUACUGGAAUAUUUGAGAGACCGAAUUCCUACUUGAGUUGUUUUAUAUUCCUGGUCUUGUUCAUUCUUAGAAGGAUAUAACAUUAUUUUAGUAUCAUCCUAAAGAUGGUUGCUAUAAUUGAUCUUAUAGCUUCCCAGUAUCAUCGAGCCAUUGAUAUAAUUUGCCUGGGCCAUCAUCACUACCACCAAAUAUUUCUACAUUGACAACUUUUAACAUUUUUCAAGGCAUUGGGUACAUUUAUAAUGGUGAUAAUCACAUAUAGUGUUCAUACAUUUGUUUUGAAUGUGUUGCAGCGGAUUUAUUCCACUCACUUUGAUUCACUUCUAACAUAGCAAACAAUUUCUUUAAAAGUAAAUUUUUAUUUAAUGUGCUUUAAUAUUUUUAUAAUAACAGAGCCUUUUUGUAGAACUGGGUUUUCUGUUUCCCCUUGUUUCUUUUUGUAUUCCAUAAAAUGUGAUCAAUUGACUCGUCUAUGACUAUUCAAUUUCUAUCUUUUUAUUAGAUAUAAAAUUGAAUUGAAUGUUGUUGAAUACUAUUUGGCAUUUAAAAAAAAUAAGACUUUUCAUUACCCACGAUAGGACUUUUGUAAUGUGGUUGCUCUCAGUACAUGCUUUAAAGUAACGUUCACUGUUUUGCUUUUGUUUAAAUCUAGUAGAAAUAUUUCUUUUCUAUUAGGUGGGUCUUUUCCUCCAUUUUAUAAAAUCAUUUCUUUAGGGUUGCUAUGGCACAGAAAUACUAUUCUAGAUAUAAUUGUUGGAGAAAAUAGGGAAAGUGUUGUUAUAACUGCUCUCACAAUUUUGAAUUUCAAACUUGACAAUUUUUUAAAAAUGAUGUCUUGGUAUUGUUUCCAUAUGAUAAUCUACUACUUUUAGAUUCAAAAGAAUUAAAGAUAUUGAAUCUCCAUAUUUUCCCCUUAGUGAGUGUUUGUAUUUAAAAAUGCCUUUUGUUCCUUAAAAAAAGUAUUGAAACCCUUAUCUUAUUAAUUCCAUAGAUAACAGCAACAGAAAGCAACUAAUAACAUAUACCAUAUAGAAAUAUUUAAAUAUACUUUGUAUGUACAUUUAUUAAGCAGAUAUUUGUAUACCUAAUCUACUCUUUGGGUGUGUUUUAAUCCAACCUCGUGCAUCUUUUUAUUUCCAGCACCUUAAUUUUAAAAUUUGCUUCUAAACUUGCAGUCAUGUAGUAAUUUUCUAAAAGGAAAUUUGAUGAAGAAAAACUUCAUUUAAUAAAAACCAAAUAUAAAUGUUUUUGUUUACACCAGAAUUAUCAGAAGUAGGUUGAUCAGUCAUUAUAACAUUUAGCAUAUGAUUCUAGUAGGUAGCCCAUUCAGUAGCAUGUAUAUCAAUUUAUAUAGAUAGGUAGGUAGAUAGUUUUUUGGAUGACUGAGGCAUGCUUAUAUUAUGAAAAAAAAUCAUUAAUAAAGAUAUAUACUAUAUGUUCAUAAUAAAAGUUACAUUUUCAAAUA